UGAGCCUCACUUCUGUGUCUAACAUUCUGCUUAUUACACCAGUGAGAGCUUCACUCUCCCAAAAACAAUGCAGUGCUUAAGGUUUGUAGUGGCUUUGGGACUACUGAUAGGGACAUGGGCCCAGAUCAACGUGCUACGUCCAGAAUGUGACUCUCCAGAGGCAGAAGAGGUUGCGGUGGCAGCCAGGGACCACCUAAAUUCUCUGCAUAGUCAUGGCUACAGGUACGAGCUUAACAGGAUUGAAGACAUCAAGAUCAUUACCAAGCCAAAUGGAGACAGUAUCUAUGCUGUGGAGAUUGACCUCCUGGAGACAGUCUGUCAUGUGUUGGACCCCACACCCAUCACAAACUGCACCGUUCGGCCCAAAGAACUGACUGCUGUGGAGGGAGACUGUGAUGUGAUCUUAAAAAACAUCAGUGGAGCUUUGACCGUUAUAUCAUUUAAGUGUAAAACAGAAGAGUCAAAAGAAGAUAUUUGUCUGGGUUGUCCUACCCUUCUCUCCCUAAAUGACACCGAUGCCCUGAACUUUGUUCAGGCCUCUUUGGAUACAUUUAACAACCUGACAAAGACUGACACUUUCUCCCUUCUGGAGGUUGGAAGGAUGUCAUCACAGGUUGUGUCUGGUAGGCCAAUUUAUAUAGCCGAAUAUGUUGUGGUGGAGGCCAACUGUACUGGAGAUGUGUGUGAGCCCCUUAACGAUACCAUGGCCACCCGUGGCAUAUGUACUGCCAGAGGAUUGAACUCUCAGCACACAGUAGACUGCAAGAUGUUCCCCAGCUUGAUCAUUGACAGCAAAAGCCCUGCACCUGUACCUCCAGCAGUGCAUGUGCACUCAGGCAACCUUUCACCAGUGCAUGGUCUGCGACACCACAAACUGAUGGCUAAAAGCUCUCAUCUGAUCCUCCUGUCAACUGAGUCAACAGAGUCAGUUGAGGUGGUACCUGUAGCCCCCGCCAUAGUCACAGCUGAUCUUGUUCCAGCCGCAGACCCCAGUCAGGCUGACCCUGUCGCAGACCCUACUCCUGCUGCAGACCCUGCUCCUGCCGCAGACUCAGCCUCCGAUUCAUCAAGCAGUAUGGAUCGCCAUAUACUGUUCAAGAGGGAUGUGGCUGCAGUUAUUGCUGACACCCCUGCUGCUCAGGCUGCCCCAGUACCUCUUGUGCCAGUCUGUCCAGGACGGAUUAGAUUCUUUGACUGAUUUAGGGUUAGAAAAUAGAAACCAACAAUGCCUUUAAAGCAAGAACACCUUACAAUGCAUUUGUCACCUGUGCAUUAGACCAUUGUAAACCAUUGUGUGUUCAGUUCAAAUCCAAAAGGUUUACCCAGGAGGUUUGGAUCUACUCCAUUGUUUUGAAGUACGUGUAUUUAUGGUCAUUAAAUAUAUGGACGCAGU